CCAGAUUUGGACACUAUCAUAGCUGACUUGAAGGCAGAAAAUGUUCGUCUCCUGGCCUACGUGAAUCCCUACCUAAACACGGACGGCGACAUGUUUGAAGAGGCAGCCAUGAUGAAUUACUUGAUGAAAGACAAAGCCGGAGAAAUCUUGAUUCAAGAUCACGCGGGAUUUUAUGCUGGAACGGUGGACCUGUCCAACCCGGAAGCUUUCCAGUGGUACUCAGAGGAGGUCCUGGGUAGGAACAUGUUGGACUUUGGGAUUUCUGGCUGGAUGGUGGACUUUGCCGAGUACAUUCCCACGCAUGCUGCGAAUAAUCUCGGGAUGGACGCUGAGACUUUUCAUAAUAUCUUCCCGGAUAUUUGGGCCAAGUGUAACUUUGAGGCCCUAAUGAGCAGAGAAAAAUUGCACGACUCGCUCACGUUCCAAAGAUCCGGAACACUGGGAUCAUCCGUCUUUCAGCAAAUGAUGUGGGCUGGAGACCAAAACGUCAAUUACGAGCCUGCUGAUGGUCUUCCGUCAGUGAUAACAGCAGCAUUGUCGGGAGCCGUCAGUGGAUUGACCAGAACCCAUUCUGACAUCGGAGGUUACACCUCCUUUUUCAUCGCCUUGCAAAGGGACACCGAAUUACUGAUGCGCUGGGCCGAACACGCCGUGUUUUCACCGGUCAUGAGAACCCACGAAGCAUUGUCGGGAGCCGUCAGUGGAUUGACCAGAACCCAUUCUGACAUCGGAGGUUACACCUCCUUUUUCAUCGCCUUGCAAAGGGACACCGAAUUACUGAUGCGCUGGGCCGAACACGCCGUGUUUUCACCGGUCAUGAGAACCCACGAAGGUAGCAGUCCAGAAGCCAAUGAGCAAAUUUAUUCGGAUCCUGCGAUUCUGUCUGGGUUCGCACGGCUCGUGAAUCUGUACGUCACUUUGUCCCCGUACACAAAGGCGGUUCUCAGUGACAGUUUCAGCAAAGGUUAUCCCGUCAUGAGACCGCUUUUCUUCGAAUACGAAGACGACCCUAUUGCCUACGAACAGCAAUACCAGUACCUACUCGGACCUGAUUUGCUUGUUGCUCCUGUCCUUCAAAAAGACGCCGCGACUUGGGAAGUCUAUUUGCCGCCAGACGAGUGGCGGCACAUCUGGAAUCCUGAAAAAGUCCACAAAGGCGGCGGUUUCAUCAUUGUGGAAGCUCCUGUUGGCAAGCCACCAGUUUUCUUCAGGGACAAAUCAUCGUGGAAGCCACUUUUUGAAGAACUCGGAAGAUUAUGAGAUAAACGUGAUACGAACCAUUCCUCGAGGUCUUGAAAUAGUCAGCGGACUAGGGAAAAAAAUCACCGCGGAAUCGAAUUUCUUUCUCAUGCAGAAAGCAGAAAAAACAAUGUUGAAGUCGACAUUAAAACCCAUUACGAAACUUAAGAA